AUGGGAAAUUGUAUAGGAAAAGAUAAUAGACAUAGACAAUCUCAACAAUUAAAUCAAAAUUUUAAUGCCCAACCUCAACAGCAGCAGCAAAUGCAGCUGCAAUCACAGCCUCAGCCACAAGCUCAGAUGACUGCUGCCCAAACUGCAUUCAUUUAUCAAUCUCUUUACCAAACACACGCUUCAAAUGGUCGUCAAUUAUCACAGCAGCCUGCACGACCAGUUCCACAACAGCCUAUGCAGCCUCCUCCACAAGAGCCACUUAUAAAAACUGCAGUUGGUAUGAAAUGCUAUUCCUCAAUAAACAAAAACUCAAUUAAAUUAAUUCCAAAGCCAAACGAACCCAAUACUUAUAGCAUUGAAUUCGAAAUUGUUACCACUUAUGAAUCCCAUAUGACAAUAUACUUUUUUGCCCAAGAGAUGGUUGAUAUAAAAGGUAUUCCUUACUUUUAUGUAGACACAAGUAAAUAUAGUUAACUACACUGACUGGCAUGGGGUGCUUUUGGCUCGAAACUGAGCCAAAAGCACCCCGUGCCAGUCAGUGUAGUUCACUAUAUCCGCCUCCUCAAUUUUAUAAAAUUCCAGUUGGAAACCAAAACUUCCAAAAUUUGUGCUUUAUUAAUACUGCCCAAUACAAAAUUGACGAAUUAUUUUUCAAAAAUAAACAAAUUUAUCCGAUUAUUGUAGAAAUUUUGCCUAUUUAUGACUUAAAUUUAAUGCCUCCACAAUCACAAGCUACAUAUUUCAUAUUCAGCAGGACUCAAGAAAAUUUAUCAUUAAAGCCUAUACGACAGAAAUUCACAGUUUCAGGGGUCUCUUAUGAAUUAAUGGAGAUUUUUGGGUCUUCAAAAGAAAAUGAUGAGGAUUCUAGAGAAUGCAUUAUUUGUAUGGCAGAAACAAAAAAUACUGCAGUCAUGCCAUGUGCACAUGUGUGUCUGUGUGAGGCGUGUGCAUUAUUAAUUCAGAAAGAAGCAAAACCGAAAUGCCCUAUAUGUAGAGGGAAAAUUAAAGGGUAUAUGAAGAUAGAAGCAGCGGCUGAAAAAAAUGAUGGUAAAUAA